GCCACUGGGUUUUCGUCUGCUGGCCUCUGAAAUGGGCUCGACUAAUCAGCCCUGAUUUCAUCCAUAUUUCUUUAUCAUAUUAACUGUUCCGAAAGCUUAAGGCAGUCGAGGCAUAUCCACAAUGAUAUUUGGAGGUGAGGCGGUGGACGAGGUCAGCUGCAGGUUCUCAGAGCUGGUUCCUGUGGUGCUGACUGCCUGGCCAACGGGCUCCACUCCCCGUGCUGCACAGUAAAGAGCAUUUCACACCCAGACAAGACCACACGGCACCGCCAUGAAGCCGGGUCACGAGCGCAAUCAGGAGUGCCUGCCUCCCAAGAAGAGGGAUCUCAACAACAGCACCAGUAGUAGUAGUGCGGGAGGAGGGGCAGGAAGUGGGGUGGGAGGGGGAGUGGGGGAGGAAGUGCCCUCCACUCAGAGCUCAGGGGUCGGUAGUGACACUCAGGGAGGUGGCACAGCAGAGGAGUGGCUGCAUGCUCAGCCUGGUCUACACUAUGGAGUAGAGAGUGCUGAGGGCCUCCAAGGGCUGCCUGUUGACCAGUACAGCAUGCUCUAUAGGGUGGCUCUCCCCUCUGUCUCCUACUCCCAGACCAAUCUACACCCAGUGUUAAGCCAUAUCUCUCCAGCUUACACUGUCCCCUCAUCUCUCCUACAGCAUCAUCCAGGUAUCUCCUAUCCCCCUCUAGGCUAUGCCCAGAUCCCCCACUCCUCUUUCCAGUUUGUCUCUCCAUAUGGUGCAGUCCCUUAUGCAGUCCCCCCUGGCUUUGUUCCCAGCACCCUGAUCUCCCCCUCAGUUGCCCUCUCCCAGCCCCACCUGGUCCCCUACCAGUCAGUCAUCCAGGAGGGGUUGGUCUCCCCUCCUACCCAGGCCCAUGUAUCUGCCCAUGCCUUUGCCAAAUUGGGGUCGUCCGGAGGGGUCCCGCUGAUGCUGACCUCGGAACAGGCUGCCCAGCACCUGGGCCCGCUGCCCGCCGCAGAGCUCAGUCCUCGGGGAGUGCCUGUCUUUUACCACCCUCAGGGCACCAGGGCUGCGCCUGCCCCCAGGGACCCCUACAGCGGGGAGCAGGAGACGGAUAGGGAGGUGAAUGGAGGGGAGAGGGAGCAGGCAGCCAGGGAGAUGCUCCAGGACUCAGUCUACAAUGCCAGGAAUGCAAGGCUGCUGCAGGCAGCAUCCGCCUCUGUAGCACUGGAGCACGCACAGGACAGAAGCCUGAAGAGCCGCAGGCUGGACGAGAGGGCUUCGCCUGGGCAGCGCAGCACCCCAGACACUGACCUGGAGGUUCAGCAGGUUGUUGGUCGCCUAGCCUCUCCUGUCCAAGGUGUGAGUGGAGGGCGCAAAGAGGUGUCCUUUGGUCCCCUGAACCUAUCCCAGGGCUCCCAGAGAGGCAGAGAGGCUCAUGGGGAGGCAGGGGAGAGUACUGGCCGGACAGCAUACGCGAUCCACCCUGUGGUGUAUGGAGACCCCAGGGUGACGGCCCAUCAACAGCAGGCAGGGCAGCCAGGCCACGCGGUCAUCUUGGCCAAUGGACAGACAGUCCUGGUCCCCUUAGACUAUCAUCAACAUCAACAGCCACCCCAGCACUACCCCAGCCGGACAAAUGACGACACCUCUGCUGUCACCAUGGCCUCCCCCACCACCUACUCUAAAGCCUCUGAGUCUCCAGCCAGAGUGUGCCUCCCAGACAGGGCUGUGGUGGAACUGGCCGCCGUGGAGCAGCAGCCUAUUUCUGUUCCAGUCGCGGCAGCCCUCACGCAGGCCCUGGCCCCGGCGCCCACCCCUGCCCCCUCCAAUCCCUCCCAUUUCAUGAAGGGGGCCAUCAUCCAGCUGGCCACGGGGGAGCUGAAGCGUGUGGAGGACCUGCAGACUCAGGACUUUGUGCGGAGUGCUGAGGUGAGCGGGGGGCUGAAGAUCGACUCCAGCAUGGUGGUGGACAUCAGGACCAGCCAGCAGAGACCCGGCCUGGUGGCGCUGCACUUCACAGUGGGCGAGCAGCAGAGCAAGGUGACCAUUGACGUGCCCCCAGAACACCCCUUCUUUGUGUUUGGCCAGGGCUGGUCCUCCUGCAGCCCAGAGCGCACGGCCCAGCUCUAUGGCCUGGCCUGCCACCACUUGCAGGUAGGAGACGUGUGUGUGUCCAUCACUCUGCAGCAGCCACCCCAGCAACAGAAACCGCCCCUGCAGCAGCAGCAGCAACAACAACAACAGCAGCAGCAGACCCAAGCCAGGACUUCCACCAAAGUCAACUCUACAUCAGGGGCCAUCGGCCAGCCCAUGGGGCCCCCUGCCCCCCAGCAGCCCAGGCCACAGCCUCACUUCAGGAUGGAACGCGUCCACAGAGAGAGGGAGAGGGGGGAUAAAGAGGAGCCUAUGCAACUAGGGGGUGUUGUGCAGAGUGAGAUGCCCACCAGACCAAAUAGGACUUCAGCAGAGCAAACUAGGAGCCAGAGCAGUUACUAUUUGCACACGGAGGGUUCUGCUCGUCCAGGGGCGGGGUUGGGAGUGGUGUCUACAGUGUCGAGCGCGUCUCAGAGGCGCUGGUCCGCCCCCGGCCUUCAGAGAUACAUGAAGGUAGAGGAAGGGACGCACCCUCAGCUGGGCCCCUCCGGCUCCUCUCGACCCUCCUUCAUCCCACAGGAGGUCAAACUGUCCAUCGAGGGGCGCUCUAAUGCUGGGAAGUAGCACCAACCUUGGCAGUCCACACCACAGAAGAGACUGUCAGAGGAGUGAAAGCAUCAGAGAGGGGGAAAGGGGAACAAGAGUGGGAAUGUAGCCUCUGAAUGUUUGAUAUUUUGCACACCUAAUAAGAUGACAAGUUCUUUGUUUUCAGGGGAACUACCUGGUCUGGUGGCUGGUCAGGUCCACUCUAUUUGCCUGUCAGUCAGUCAGGACAGCUCCUGGUCCAGUGAUCAGGAGAUUGGGUCUCUGUUCUCCCAGGCUGACAGGGAGCGGAUGCAGAAGCAGGGAGUGUAUGUAGCUGGUGAAUCACCUACCAAAGUCUUCAGACUGCAUCUUCCUUCCGCCCUACCAACCUCUCAGAACCAUCCUUAUCAGAGGUGAACCAACCUCUCAGAACCAUCCUUAUCAGAGGUGAACCAACCUCUCAGAACCAUCCUUAUCAGAGGUGAACCAACCUCUCAGAACCAUCCUUAUCUGAGGUGAACCAACCU